CUGAUCAAGUCCAUCAACAUUAUUUUGCCAAGAAUCUUUCAGGAGGUGCUUUCUUUUCAUUUAUUUGCAUUAAUGCACAACAAUCUGACCUUGUUCAGUCUUUUCAGCAUGUAUAAUCCUUCACAUCAAAGUAUGUCUUUCAUAAUAUUAAUAAUCUGGGUGAAUUCAUCAGCAUACAGUCAUCUGUACAGUCUCAGGCGUUAAACAAUGGUUGGGCUGUGGAAAGGGUGGAGACGAGGAAAACUAACAAUCAUCUCUUCCACCCACACCUAAAACACCAGCAGCAAACGUGUGCGAGAUCUGACUGUGAGUGUCAAAAUGCAACUGAAAGAAAACAGACGACGCUUGUGCAUCACUGUCAUCACUGUUAAACAUGAUAAGAUCUGCAAACUCUUCAACUAUGUUUGUAAUUCAAGUAAAAUAAAUAACACAUUGUAAAUGACCAUUAAAUUCCCAAUCUCUGAAGUAGGCCGUCAUCUUUACCUCCAACCAUAGAGGGCAGUGUUGCCAUAGAAUACCUGAGAAAGGCUUUCACAAGAAAGGACUUUAUUAUUGAAAAUGUUACUUAAAAAAAAAAAAAAAAAAAACCUUUUGUUUGUUUUGGUUGACUAAUAAUUCUCGCUGCAUACUUAAUGUGGACAUUGUAUUCUUAUUUGUUUUACAAGAGUGUUUACAUUUUUACCACACAUGCCUUUAUUUUGAAGUCUGGAAAAGGAAGUGCAGCGGCACCCUGUGUGUUCAUUGGCGCACUUUUUACGUGAAACAUCAUUCUGAUUUAAUGUUACCAGAGAAAGGAUGAACUUUUGGGUACACACUGUACAAAUGUUUGUUUAAAAAGGUUUCUUUCUACAUCUUAGCUCCUGGCUGAAGGGCACAAGCUCUUACGGUGUUUUUGGAAAUUAAAUUCUUUACAAACAUCAGUUCCUGAGAGUAAAUUGCAUGCUUGGAUGCUUCUGAAAAUAAAGACCCUGACCAGCAAGUGGAGGCCCCUUAUAAUGGAACGGAAGAGGAGGAGCUUCACCGUUCUGGUCGACAACGCAACCCCACAGAAGAUGCGUGCAUAUAAAAAGGAGGAGGCUCUGAAAAAGGAGAAAAGGUUGAUUCAUUUGUAUGAACAAUGGAAGGACCUGGCUCGCAACACAAGGGAAGAGCUAAAAACAGACAUUAGUGAGAGUCAACUUGUAGCGCUGAUUAACACACUUGAGAAGGGAAGGGAUGAUGUCAUGCACGUCUACCUGGAAAUCAGAGAUUACAUUGCUCCAUCCAGUGACACUAGACGCAGAAUCGAUACUUGUGAAGCUGUGACAAAAGAUAUUUCAAAAAUAAUUUUUGAAAGAAUGGCAUGCCUUGAGGACUUUGACAGAGAAAAUGUAAAACACAGCCUGCGUGAGUUACUUCAUCACAAUUAUGCUCGCUCUGUCUAUGGAUCCACAGUCUCACGCCCCACAUCAUCAAGGUCCACAGUUAUGUCCAUUGCAGCCAAGCAUGCAGAUGCAGCAGCGGAUUUAGCAGCCAAAGAAGCAGAAUACUCAGUCAUACAAGAGAUCGAAGCUCGAAAGUGUGAACUGGAAAAACUAAAGGCAGAGAAGGAUCUAAAGGCAGCUAGAGCCAGACUGCAGGCCUAUGAUCAAGAAAUGGCACAGGAAGUCAGCAUUCUUUCUUCACACUCUCAUACAAGGGAACAGCAGGAUGUAAGUGUAGCGGUGCAGCAGCAUGUGGUUCCAUUUCCCAUCCAAUGUCCUACCAACAUCACAGCAACACUACCGCCUCCAAAAUCUCAUAUAUCUUAUCUUGCUCAAGCUGUCCAAAAUAGCAUAGCCCUGAACAGGCUGCCUACAACAGAACCAUCUGUGUUCAGUGGCGAUCCUAUCCAGUUCAUUGAGUGGAAGGCUGCCUUUGUGUCGCUCAUUGAUGGAAAGGCCAUUUCUUCUGCUGACAAGCUGCACUAUUUAAAAAGGUAUGUUGGUGGGCCAGCUCGUAAGUCUCUUGAUGGCAUCUUCAGAAAUGAUGAUGAGGCUUAUAAUGAUGCAUGGAACAAGUUGAACCAACGGUAUGGGCAGCCAUCAAACAGCUACGGAAAAUAAACAAAAUGAUGAAAACGAACAAAGGCCCACUAAGGGAAAUUAUAAUAUGCGUCUCUUCUGCAAAGACAGCAAGCAUAAGAUUCACAGCUGUCCUAAAUUUGUGGCAAAGUCAUUAGAAGAGAAACGGAAAUAUGUGAAGGAGAACAAACUCUGCUAUGGUUGCAUGAAACCAGGCCACAGCGCAAAAGACUGCCGUCACCGUCUAUCCUGUGACACCUGUAGAGGUAGACAUCCAACGUGUCUACAUGAUGAAAACUACACAAAGAAAGUCAACUCUGCACCAGCCUCAAACCAAGGUGACACAGAGACGGCUACUAGUACGUCUCACAAAGUAGAGAAUGAUGAGCCAUCCACCAAUACUUCAAUGAUAGUGCCAGUGUGGGUAUCAACCGAGAGGAAUCCAGCCUCUGAAAAACUUGUUUAUGCUCUGCUUGACACCCAGAGUGAUACUGUGUUUGUCGACCGAGAGCUGAGCAACAAGCUGCAAGCUGACUCCUGUCCUGUGAGACUGAAGUUGACAACCAUGACAGCAAAAGAUGUUGUCAUGCCGAGUGAAAGGGUGUCCGGUCUCAAAGUAAGAGGCUUCAGCUCCCCUGUCGUCCUCAACCUUCCCCCUGCCUACACUAAGGACUCCAUUCCAGUGAACCGUACUCACAUCCCUACUUGUGACACAGCACGACACUGGAAGCAUCUCUCUACAAUAGUGGACAAAAUUCCACCUCUGCAGGAUUGUGAGGUUGGUCUCCUGGUAGGCUACAGCUGUCCAAAGGCUUUGGCACCAAAACAGGUGAUUUUAGGAGGAGACGAUGAACCUUAUGCAGUCCAUACAGACCUUGGAUGGAGUAUUGUUGGUCGCCUGUCUUCACACCAUGAAUCACAAUGCUUCAACACCAUCUGUCAUAGAGUCAGCAUCAAAGAGCUUCCCCCAGUGACUCCAGCAGAUGUUAUUAAGGUUUUGGAGUCUGACUUCAAAGAUGCUGGUGAAGAUAAUAAAACUGUGUCGCAGGAUGACAUCCUCUUCUUGACCAAACUGCAGCAAGGCAUAAGGAAGAAAGACCACAGGCAUUACGAGAUGCCUCUCCCAUUCAAAGAGAGACCUCACUUGCUUAACAAUAAGCAGCUUGCCAUUGUAAGGCUCAAUCAUCUUAAAAGGAAAUUGCUGAAAGAUGAAAGGUACAAGGAACACUAUGUUAGGUUUAUGGAAGAGGUCAUUGAGAAAGGUGAUGCGGAAGAAGUGCAUGAUGAAGGAAAGGAUGGAGAGAAGUGGUACAUCCCUCAUCAUGGGGUGUAUCACCCUAAAAAGCCAGACAAGCUCCGUGUUGUCUUUGACUGCUCCGCCAAGUACCAGGGAACCAACCUCAAUGACUAUUUGCUCCAAGGCCCAGAUUUAAUGAAUAAGCUGACUGGUAUUCUUGUAAGAUUCAGACAACAUCCCGUUGCCCUUAUGUGCGAUGUUGAAAAGAUGUUUCACCAAUUUCAUGUGGAAGAAGCAGAUCGAAACUACCUCCGUUUUCUCUGGUGGAAAAACGGAGACUUAACUUUACACCCACAAGAAUACCGCAUGAAGGUCCAUCUUUUUGCUGCUACCUCAUCACCUGGAUGCGCCAACUAUGGUCUGAAACAUCUCGCUAAGGAGAAUGAGUGUACAUAUCCUCUUGGCUCAAAAUUCAUCACAACAGACUUUUAUGUAGAUGACGGUGUCACCAGUGUAGCCAGCGCAGAAGAAGCUGUCCAGGUAGCUAGAGAAGCUCGUCAACUGUGUGCUUCAGGUGGUCUUAGAUUGCACAAAUUUAUUUCAAAUGACAGAGUUGUCCUGGAUAGCAUUCCAAUUUCUGAACGAGCCAUUGAAGUAAAGGCUCUUGACCUCAGCUUCGAUGACACCCCUUUAGAGAGAGCUUUAGGGAUCCACUGGCACAUUGAUUCUGACAGAUUCAGAUUCUCUGUUGGCCUCAAAGACCAGCCAGCAACACGCCGUGGCAUACUAUCCACAGUUGCAUCACUGUAUGAUCCGCUGGGCUUUAUUGUUCCUUUUGUGCUCAGUGGAAAAUUAGUGCUUCAGGAAAUGUGCAGAAACGGAACAGGCUGGGACAACCCUCUUCCUAAAGAAUUGCAGCCAAGGUGGGAGCAUUGGAAAGCUGAUCUUAUGAACUUGGAAAGGAUCAAUAUACCCCGCUGUUAUGUACCUGCAAACUUCGGAAAGGUCAUAAAAAGAGAACUUCAUCACUUCUCUGAUGCGAGCAACAGCGGAUAUGGCCAGUGUUCCUAUUUAAGAGUCACAAACGAAGAAGGUAACAUCCAUUGUGCCCUGGUCAUAGGUAAAUCCAGAGUUGCUCCCAUUAAGGUCCAGACUAUUCCCAGGCUCGAACUGACCGCUGCUGUCAUCUCAGUUGCCAUGAGCAAUAUGCUUAAACAGGAGCUGGAAUAUGCAGAGAUAGAAGAGCACUUCUGGACCGACUCCCAAGUAGUUUUGGGGUACAUUAACAACAAAGCACGCCGCUUUCACACGUUCGUGGCAUACAGAGUGCAGAAGAUACAUCUCAGCACUACUCCUCAACAGUGGAGAUAUGUUCACACUAACGAGAACCCUGCGGACCAUGCGUCAAGGGGUUUAAACGCUGGUGAGAUUCUUACAUCCAUUUGGUUGACAGGGCCAAAAUUCUUAUGGAAGAAGGAUAUACCUCCUGUUGCAGAUAUUGACACAGCACUAACGAUUGGAGAUCCUGAAGUGAGACAGGCUCAGACUCUGAGUGCAGAAACAACAGAGGUCACCCUCUCAGACCGCUUGUCAAAGCUGUCUUCAUUGUCUAGAGCUGUCCAAGCUGUGGCUCACCUCAUUCGCCGAGCCAAAGGAGUUAAGUCCAUCGGUCACAGUACGGUAGCUGAACAAGAAGAUGCCAAACGCAUCAUCAUUAAAGACUUACAAAGAAACACCUAUCCAGGGGAUAUCAAGUUAUUGAGCAAGGGGGCCCAGCUGUCACCUAGCAGCAAGCUGUAUCAUCUUGAUGCCUUCCUAGAUCAAGAAGGAAUACUCAAGGUGGGAGGAAGGCUUUGCGAUGCACCCCUACCCAGCUCAGUCAAACACCCAGUGAUCAUUCCUAAAGAUCACCAUAUAACAAAGAUGAUCAUCUCUCAAUGUCAUGAGAAUGUCAAGCACCAAGGUAAGGGCCUUACAAUUAAUGAGAUCAGAUCACAAGGCUACUGGAUUCCAGGAAUGAGCAGAGCAGUAGCAUCCCAUGUGCAUCACUGUGUGACAUGUCGGAAGCUCAGGAGCCCACCGAAGAACAAAGAAUGGCCGACCUCCCUUCGGAGCGUACAAAUCCAUCUCCACCCUUCACAUACUGUGGUAUGGACUGCUUUGGUCCCUUUGUCACUAAACAGGGUCGGAAGGAACAUAAAAGGUACGGCCUCCUCUUCACAUGUUUCAGCUCCAGAGCUAUCCAUAUUGAAAUGCUAAAUGACAUGUCUACAGAUGCCUUCAUCAAUGGCCUGCGCUGUUUCAUUGCAUUACGGGGAGCAGUGCGCCAAAUCAAAUGUGACCAAGGCACCAACUUUGUAGGAGCCAAGAAUGAGCUGAAAAAUGCUCUCAAGGGGAUUGACGCCGAUCGUCUGACAGUGUUCUUAGCUGAGAAGCAGUGCGACUUUGUCCUAAAUGCGCCCCAUUCAAGUCAUGCAGGGGGGGUAUGGGAGAGAAAAAUCAGAACAGUGAGAAAUGUUCUUCGCUCAACUCUCUCACUGUCUUCUGACAGACUGGACGAUGCAUCGCUGCGAACAUUAUUUUACGAAGCUAUGGCGAUCGUAAACAGUAGACCACUAACAGUUGACAACCUAAACGACCCCAACAGCCUUGCACCUCUCACCCCUAAUAACCUGCUUACUAUGAAGUCCGUUCCAGCAUUACCACCACCAGGCAGAUUCAUCAGAGAAGACAUCUAUGCAAGAAAAAGGUGGCGCCAUGUUCAGUACCUCGCAGAGCAGUUUUGAAGCCGCUGGCGUAGGGAGUAUCUUUCCAACAUUGCCACCAGGCAGCGCUGGCACAGAGCAAAGAGAAACCUGCAAGUAGGAGAUAUUGUCAUGGAAAAGGCUGAUGGUCUGCCUAGAAAUGAGUGGCGGCUGUCCAGAGUUACAGAGACUACUACAGAUAAAGAUGGGCUUGUGAGAAGAGUCAAGGUAUGCCUUGGUGACCGGAAUCUGGAGAAGGAUGGUCGUCGUCUCAACAAGCUGUCUGUCAUUGAACGCCCAGUCCAGAAGCUGAUCCUGUUGCUAGAGACCAUCUAGCUGCUUCCAAGAGCAACCAAGUGUAUCCUUUUCAUUAUAUUACUUAAAUUCUAGCGUUCAAUCUUCAUAGUAUGGACACCUUUCGUCCGUUUCUGAGUUAAAGGUCAUUUUUUUAUUUGAAAAUCAUUUGUAAUUUAUAUUUCUUAACGUCAUACAAAUCACUCAUGAUUUGGUGGGAGUGUAAAUGACCAUUAAAUUCCCAAUCUCUGAAGUAGGCCGUCAUCUUUACCUCCAACCAUAGAGGGCAGUGUUGCCAUAGAAUACCUGAGAAAGGCUUUCACAAGAAAGGACUUUAUUAUUGAAAAUGUUACUUAAAAAAAAAAAAAAAAAAACCUUUUGUUUGUUUUGGUUGACUAAUAAUUCUCGCUGCAUACUUAAUGUGGACAUUGUAUUCUUAUUUGUUUUACAAGAGUGUUUACAUUUUUACCACACAUGCCUUUAUUUUGAAGUCUGGAAAAGGAAGUGCAGCGGCACCCUGUGUGUUCAUUGGCGCACUUUUUACGUGAAACAUCAUUCUGAUUUAAUGUUACCAGAGAAAGGAUGAACUUUUGGGUACACACUGUACAAAUGUUUGUUUAAAAAGGUUUCUUUCUACAUCUUAGCUUCUGGCUGAAGGGCACAAGGUUAACACUGGGACAGGACAACUUGGUCUGCAGUUGCAGCGUCGCACAAAGUCUCCCUGAUCCCUGCUGUGCGCUCUCAUUCAGAAACAGAGGAGGACAAGUGAGGGGCGUCCCAACAGAGAGGGGACAGAAUGCCAAAAAGAAGCAAAG